AUGCUGCGGAUUGCGUUUUUAGUAUUUGCAGCUAUCGUUAAAGUAGCCUUUAGUUUUUCCGAUGUAGGAAAAUGGGACUUGCCUUUGAACGGGGAAAGUUGCAAUUUCACAUUAGCUAAGUCACUAUUUAAGGAUUCUCAAUUGAUUAUAGCAUUACACUGUGAUGUUGCUGUACCGACUAACAUCACAGUUUCAUACAUUUGGAGGCAAACUCCCUGCUCACCUGACUACUUCCAUUAUUUUGAAAAGAGAAUCGUUGAAUGCACAAAUGUGGUCGACAAACCACUGAUUGAUAGUAAUUAUAGCACACCUCAAGUAUUAAAUGUUGUCGAGACAUUCCUCUGCAACGGCAAGAAUGUUAUUUAUAUGUACAGCAAUAAACCAAUAGCUGGUGAUAAGAAAGAUGGACCUAUUUUACAACAACGAGCCCCACUCUUGACGGUUGACAGGGAAGGCAUAUACGCACUGUGGAUGUCAGUGCGUAGUAAUGUCAAAUUCCAAGCUUCUGUGCAUGUAGAAAUGCUAUCGCCAUCCGGCUAUAUAUCCGCAGCUUUAUGGCCCUUACUACCGUUCUUUGGUGCUAUGUGCGGUGUGUACACUGUGAUGUGUGCCGGUUGGCUUCUGGUCUGUGCUUUGCAGUGGAGGGAUCUUUUAAGGAUUCAGUAUUGGAUAGGUGGUGUUGCACUUCUUGGCAUGAUAGAAAGCUCUACUUAUUAUGGAGUGUAUUCUUCUAUUAAUAGGACUGGGUUGUUCAAUGCCGAGGCGUUCAUGUUUGCUGAGUGGAUGUCCGUGGCCAAGCGAGCGCUCGCACGAAUGCUUGUUAUUAUUGUGUCACUCGGAUUUGGUAUUGUUAAGCCUCGUCUAGGUCCGGCGUUACAACGCGUGCUGGGAACAGGUCUAGUGUGGUUCAUACUAGCGGCUGUGGAGUCGUGGCUUCGUCUUCAUCACAAGGCGGAGGAUUCAAAUCGAGAUUUGUUGUUGUCUGAAGCGCCAUUAUCUCUUAUGGACAGCGCCAUCUGUUGGUGGGUGUUUGUAUCACUAGCACACACUAUGAGGACAUUGCAAUUGAGACGAAACGCUAUAAAGUUGACUCUAUACCGUCACUUCACCAAUACAUUGAUAUUUGCUGUCAUAGCUUCUGUUAUAUUCAUGUUGUAUUCCUUGAAGUCCUACAGGAUCAUGCUUUGUAUUGAGGAGUGGAAGGAAGUGUGGAUGGACGAUGCGUACUGGCACAUGUUAUUUGCUGGCGUUUUAUUAGUGAUCAUGGUAUUGUGGAGACCGACGAAUAAUAACCAGCGGUAUGCCUUCACGCCUCUGCUGGACAAUGCUGAUGAUGAUGAAGAUGAAGAAGAACAGUUCGUGAAUGACGCGUAUGGAGUCAAAAUGCGCUCAACGAAUAUAAGUGAGAGUGACUCGCAAAGGGAACCAGAACCUAAAACGACUUCCUUAGAUUCUGACCUCAAGUGGGUGGAGGAAAACAUUCCCACGAGUUCCCUACCCUUGUUGGAUUCUGACGAAGAGAUCAUAAACACUAAGUUUGAAGUGUCUAAGAUGCAAUAA